AUGAGUUAUCAACAAGCGCAGGACAUGUAUCACGAUAAUUCCUCUGCGCGGUCGCCGGGUUCCCAGCGUCACCAGCAGACCCUGCAUCGUCAGCCAUCCCGACAGUUCGACGCCUACGGUCCCAUGCCGGUCAACCUCUACGAUGACCCCAUGGCUCGCUAUGACACCGGCCGAUUGGACCGCUUGAACCCGUCGCUGCACAACAACUCUUAUGCUUAUGAUUUGCCCGGCUCUCAAACCUGGAAUCCAAAUGGUUUCGCAAACGCCCAGGCCCUCGGGGGCAUCCGCUCCGCCUCCGCCAGUUUGAAGACCACCUCUCGCCCUGGUCGCGCCGGUCUCCCCACGGUACGUCCUGCCUCGCUCUCCCCUCACCCCCUCUCCCGCGCGAAUGUGCCUAACGACUAUCGACAGACUUGGCUCGACCAACAGCCUGGCAUUCCCAGUCCCUUCUCCAACCUCGGUCCUGGCCCCCUCCAAGGUGGCGCAAUGCGCUCCGAGCCCUCCGGGACCUCGGAGGGUGACGAUGAGUUGAUCCCCACCGCCAUCGUCAUUAAGAACAUCCCGUUCGCUGUCAAGAAGGAACAGCUGGUGCAGCUGAUGACCGAGCUGAACCUGCCUCUGCCCUACGCGUUCAACUACCACUUUGACAACGGCGUAUUUCGGGGCCUGGCUUUCGCCAACUUCACCUCUGCCGAGGAGACGGCCACCGUGAUCGAGGUUCUGAACCACUUUGAACUUCAGGGUCGCAAAUUGCGGGUCGAGUACAAGAAAAUGCUCCCUCUUCAAGAACGCGAACGCAUCGAGCGGGAGAAGCGCGAACGGCGUGGCCAGCUGGAGGAGCAACACCGGCCCAUCGCUACCACUCAGCUGCAGACCCAGAGUUCCAUGUCCUCGUUGGCUUCUCAUCUUCCCGCCACGUCCCCGUCUCCCGUUUCUCAGCGGGGUCAAAAGCUGGAAGUCGACUUGAACGACAGCACCACGCUUUCGUACUACUCCCAGCUGCUUCUCUUCAAGGAGGAUCCCAGUCGCGACACCUUGGUCUUCCCGUCCAACUUGUCCCCCAUCCAACGCCGCACGGUGCAUACGCUUGCUCACAACAUGGGUCUGGGACAUGCUUCUCGCGGCUCUGGUGAUCAACGACAGGUCCACGUUUUCAAGGUCGCGCCGGGCUCCAACGUGAGUCCCCCGCUGUCUUCCAUUCCGGCCGCGGUACCCCCAUCUGAGUCCGCUCGUCGCGGUCUGAACCGUGCGGCUACGAUCGAUUUCAGCGAAGCGCGCCAAGAGGGCCCUGGACCGUACAACACCCUCCGUCAACAAGCGUCGGGAUUCUUGGGCGUUCUGGACUCGCCUGGGAACUUUGGGAACACACAGAACCUGCGGGCCGCCAAGUCCUUUGCCGACUUGCGCUCGUAUACUCCAUCUCCCGUGCCUUCUUCGGCGAGCUUUCCUGCCGCCCUGCAAUCGAAUGGAGCGCGCCUUCAGCACUAUGAUGGCGCGACCAGCGGCGCUUCCAACACUCCGACUCUGACGCCCGCCCCGUCCGGAUCGUCUCUUGGCAUGCAGCGCGACGACAACCUGCUGAUGAACAGCUUGAGCAACCUGUCUCUGGGAACGGGAAUCGGAGGGCCCAAUGCGAGCCCAAGGAGAUUGCGGGGUAUGUUCUCUUGGGAACAGCCGGAAAGUCAGUCUUCCAGUGCUGGACCCAUCGGUAGUAACCGAUCCAUCGGAGUGGGAUUUGACGGACAGACACAGGAGCGCAUGCCAAUUAGGCAGCCGAGAGGCCCCCUGCCCGAGAAGGGCCCUGGUUUUCGACGCCAGAACGGACACCAGCCGCGUGGCAGCGACGAAUUACGCACCAACUCAGGUGUAGAGAUUAUUGUGGAGUAA